UAUGUAAUUGUUAGUGUUUUUUGGUUGCAUAACUGUGAUCACCUGGACAUAUUUAAACAGAGGCAUGCUGUGUAUUUUGUACUCGCAUCGAAAGACCCAAAGAGAGAAGUCCGACCAUUAUACGCUUAUGUUUGAAAUUUCACAAGACACAAAACAACCAUUCAGAAUCAUGGCAAGGCCUAGACUGUCUCAGAAUUUUUGGUUAGGAGUUUUUGCUCUUUUAACGCUGUAUGCUUCACGCGGAGCCGCUACCUACUACUUCUCAAGUAUGCCUAAUUACUUUAAGUCACUCAUUACGAACAGAGGAACGCCUGCGUUAUAUGCCAGUUGCGAAGUACGCCCAAACAUAGCACUGGAACCAAAGUUAGCACAGAAGAACAGCGUCACCGGUCAAGUUGUAUUUCGCCAACAGUUGGGCAAAUACGUCGAAAUGCAGGUGAAUCUGAAGGGGUUUGACACCAAAGGAUCACUGCUCCAUGGAUACCAUGUUCACGAGUUUGGCGAUCUAAGCAAUGGCUGCGAGUCAACUGGAGCACAUUACAACCCAUUUAAUCAGGCCCACGGAGCACCGGACGAUACCAUCAGGCACGUUGGCGAUUUCGGUAAUCUGAAGCGAGACGAAUCUGGGGCAGUACAUACAGAGAUAGCAGAUGGAGUGUCAUCCCUGUUUGGAUACAACACUGUUAUUGGAAGAGCCAUCGUAAUUCAUGCUAAUGAAGACGACCUCGGAGACGGCGGAAACCCGGAAAGUCUCGCUACCGGAAACGCUGGAGCGAGGCUUGCCUGUUGUGUUAUUGGCGUUGCAUCUGAAAAAGUCUGGAAACAACGCGCCAGUCGCAUCUUUUUACUCGGAACGACCAACGUCACCAACAGUUAUUCGUUUAGGACCGUUUGCCAUUCCACAAUACACAGCCUUUGGAACACAGUAAUGGCAAAAUUGUUUUGGUUAGGAGCGAUGUUAACGCUGUACGUUUCUCACGGAACUGCUACCUGCUCCCGUACUUAUUAUAAUUCACUUUUUAAGCCCCAACAAAUACCUGUUUCAUAUGCCUAUUGUGAAGUACGACCAAACAAAGUGCUGGAUCCAGAACUAGCAAAGACAAACAGCGUAACCGGCCAAGUGGUAUUAAGACACCAGUUAGGCAGAAACAUUGAAAUCAAAGUGGAUCUAACGGGUUUCGACACUGAAGGAUCCCUGCUACACGGCUUCCAUAUCCACGAGCUUGGCGAUCUAAGCAACGGUUGCGAUUCAACUGGUUCACAUUUCAACCCGUUUGGGCAAGACCAUGGAGCUCCGGAUGACAUCGUCAGACAUGUUGGCGAUUUAGGGAAUCUGGAACGAGAUGGAUCUGGGUCUGUGUCCACCAAUAUGACUGAUGGUCUGGCAUCCUUGUGGGGAUAUAAUACGAUAUUUGGAAGAGCUUUUGUAAUUCAUGCAGAUGAGGACGACCUCGGAAAAGGCGGCACUGAGGAUAGCCUGACUACCGGAAAUGCUGGCUCGAGGUUGGCCUGUUGUGUCAUUGGUCGUGCGUCUGAAGAAGUUUGGAAUUGAUAGAUUUCAAAAGAG